GGGGAAGACGAGAGUGGUAUACAAUUGCAUAUCAUUACCUUAUUUUUUAAUUAAACAAUAUAUAUUAAAUAUUAAAUAUUUAUAUUAUAGUUCGAUUCAAUUAAUCAUGAUUAAUGAAAUUGUCAAAACUGAAACUGUGUCAUUAACCAAAAAAAAAAAAAAUCUAAAUUUCUGAAAUGAAACCAAACUAAAAUUGAUUUUUUGAUUUGGUUUUAAUUUGAUUUCCAUCAUGCCCUUAGGGUAUCACUGGGUUUCAUGUAAAAUUUUCCGCAAAUUUAGCGCGGGUUUCUUCUACUUGUUUCUUUUAAUUUCGUUUCUCCGCGCCGAAAAUAAGACAUCCCUCUCUCUCUUUGACACCGAACCAUGGGGAAGAAGCGUCGAGUUCCGGAAGCUCUGUGGAGGUUGUUCCGAAACCGCGCGCGCACACUGGCUGAGACUAUACUGUUGAUGAUUCCACCAUCUACAUCGGCGGAAUGCGAUUGCGCGGGCCGGCGAUGCCUGUGUUGCAGCGGCAGCGACGCCUUGUUUUUCCUUCUCAGACCAGACGACCCCUCUGACUAUCGCAAGCUCCUCACUCAAUGCUUUGUUGUUGUCUCUCUCAAUGCGCCUCCUCUUUCAUUGCCUCGCCGUCCUGAUAGUCUCUGGUCCCAACAUCAGAUUGUCGCAAGGACCAUUGAAUUGAUAAUGUGUGGGCAGUCUGUGUCUUCUAAUGUAAUAUGCAGUGGUUAUGACAAGUGUAACCGUUCAAGUCCCAUUUUGGAGCUUCUAACUUGUUCAGCAUGGGAUCUUCUCUUAAGACGGGUUGGGGAUGAUUUCAUGGCUUAUCUACUAAAGUAUAGCUCAAUAUUUUUGCCCCUUGGUCCUAAGAGCCACCACCAGGUGGCAGGUCCUCCUAUUAUAGAUUUAUGCCCCAGGUUCUCUAAAUGUAUAUCAGAGUCUAAACGACAAUAUCCUUCUCUUGUUGACUUUGGACCCUGGAAGAAGAGGAAGAAACAUGAUGGGAUAGUGACAGAGAAGCAGCCAAUCAGCAGCUCUUAUGGAAUUGAUGGUCCUAGAAAUUCAGAUAUGUGCUUUGGGUUCGACAGUAGGAGUCAUUCGCUGGAGGUUAGCGGGCAUUGUAGAAAUUCAGCUAAGCCUACCACUGAAACUGGUACUACUAAUAAUGAAGGGGUUUCAAAUGGAGAACUUGUACAAUGUUCAAAUCAGACUCCAAUGAAGUCAAAGAAGCGUUUUCGACUCUUUAGGUGGCAGCGUCAGAGAAAACGCAGGCAACUGAAUUUUCAAGAGACCAAUCUUUUGAACCCCUUCACAACAGUUUGUUCCAACAAAGAUAGCCUAUCAGGCAGGCUUCAGUGCUGCUUUGAUGCAAGCUUAAGUCAUUACUAUGAAAAGACUCCAUGGCAAUGCUGUUGCUGUUUGUUCCUGCAUGCUCCACGCAAAAUUAACAAGGGGGCUCAAAUUAACAGGCAGAUGAUUUUUUAUAGUUGGGAACGUUCUUUGUCAGUUUUUCCAAGAAAACACAAACUGUAUUCUUUGAAGCCCAAUUUUUCUGGGGCAGAUUUUCUUAUCAGGGAUAUCUUUGGCUUGUCUGAUGUGACUGCUCAGGCAAUGCCAUGUUUCCACUACAGGGGCUGUUGUAGCGCUGGGUCAUUGUGCCUGUAUCAUUCUUUUCUCAAGUUAUUUAAGAUUCUUAUACGCAAGUCUCAGUAUUGCCAACAUUCAAGGUUAUUGGAUAAGCAUUGUGCUGUUCGAGCGUUGGAUCAAAAUGCUGACUCCAAAUCUGAGGGCAGUGAAUGUUUGAGGGUUCAGGAAAAAAUUCUGCAACUGCAGCAAUAUGUCCGUUUUAAUAGUAAGAGUUGCAGGAAAACUGUCAAGGCCCUUUGUCAUCAGUCUGAGUCCAAUAGAUAUUAUUGCUUGAAAAGUGAGGUGGUGUCGUUUAUAUGGGCUGUUUGUAGAAGUAUAGUUCCUGAAGAUUUGCUCGGAACUGCUUCUAAUUGGAGAAAUUUGAGGAGAAAUAUUUCGAAAUUUGUUCAUUUACGAAGAUAUGAGAAGUUCUCUCUGAAGCAAUGCCUGCAUAAACUGAAAGCAUCAAGAUUUCUGGUGCUAUCAAGUAAACAUUCUUCAAGCUGCAUGAUUAGUCAUAUUCAAAAGUAUACAAGGGGACAUCUGCAUGAGCAUAAGCCAUGCUGCAAAUUGAAUGAGUGCCCAAGAAUUACAAAACAUGAACUUUUGGAAAGGUGGAUUUAUUGGUUCUUUUCUUAUUUAGUGGUUCCAUUAGUGCAAGCCAACUUCUAUGUUACAGAAAGUGAGCAUGGGGAAAAAGAUGUCUUUUAUUAUCCGAAGUCAGUUUGGGAGAAUCUGACAAACCAUGCUCUCACAAGCUUGACAAAUAAGAGGUAUAGUGUCUUGGAUGCUGCAUCUGUUAGAAGGAUUAUAAGCAACAGAUCAUUUGGUUUUUCAGCGCUCAGACUCCGUCCAAAAGAAAAUGGAGUAAGGGCACUUGCAAAUCUUCAAGCACCAUCAAAAGUACCAGUGAUGACUGUGAAAGAUCGGUGUAGUGAAAUGCAUAAAAAAUCACAAUGCCAUACAAAAAUAGUUAAAUCUUAUCGUUCGAAGUCUGUGAAUUUUGUUCUUCAUGAUUUGCAUGUUGUUUUAAAAGGUUUACGGAUGAAAGCACCAGAGAAGCUUGGUUCUUCAGUAUUUGAUUAUAAUGAUGUCUACAGAAAGCUAUGUCCAUUUGUAAUUGGCCUGAAGAAGAGAUCAUCAAGAUUGCCUGAUGUAUUCAUUGUUGUUUCUGAUGUGCAGAAAGCGUUUGAUUCCAUUGAUCAGGAUUUUCUGCUUAGCAUAAUGAAUGAUGUCAUUCAGAAAGAUGAUUAUCUUCUGAAGCAGUCUCAGCAAGUUGUCUGCACAAAGAAAUCUUUGUCGGUUUAUAAGAACCAAAUAUUAGCAGAUCAAAGCUUCAGCCUUGGCUGUAAAAAUGUCUCAUCUGCGCCUUCUCAUUCGUUGCAUUGUGUCCUUACUGAUCAGGGACGAAGCUGGAAUGUAAGGAAGGAAAAACUUCUUUUUACUCUGAAGGAGCAUGUGAAGUGCAAUGUUUUGCAAUUAGAUAAAAACUUCUACCUACAAAAUGUUGGUAUUCCUCAAGGAAGUGUUUUAUCUUCUCUACUUUGUUCAUUUUACUAUGGACAUCUGGAAAAGAAUGUUGUAUUUCCAUUUCUUGAGAAAACUCGAGAACCUGCUAUGGAAGAGUUAUAUGGAGAUUAUAGUCAUCAUGAUGCUUCUGCAUCUAAGUAUAUGUUACUCAGGUUUAUUGAUGACUUCCUUUUCAUAUCAACCUCAAAGAAGCAGGCUGCCAGCUUCUUCUGCAGGAUGCAGAGAGGAUUCCGAGAAUACAACUGUUGCAUGAAUGAGAAAAAGUUCUCUCUGAACUUUGAUAUUGAUCACUUGCCACAAUGUCCAUCGAAUAGGUUUUAUGCCAUGGAAAAUGGUGUGGCAUUUCUUCGAUGGAGUGGUCUGCUUAUUAAUUGUUGUACUUUAGAAGUUCAAGCGGACUACACAAGGUAUCUUGAUAACCAUUUAAGUACAACUCUAACUGUUCGCUGGCAUGGAAAACCUGUUGAUUGUUUGAGGGAAAGGAUGUUUGAUGUUAUGCGGCCUAAAUGCCAUCCCAUAUUCUAUGAUUCAAAUAUCAAUUCAGCAGCUGUUGUCAGACUAAAUGUAUAUCAAGCUUUCUUGUUAUGCGCAAUGAAAUUCCAUAGCUAUGUCUGCAACUUGUCAAAAUUUUGUAGUGUUCACACAAGAUCUUAUUUGGAUAUUAUAUCCAGAUCUUUGAGGUAUAUGCACAAGCACAUAAAGAAAAGAGUGUUUGCUGUGGAUCAUGGUUCUAGUUUUCGCCCAAUACUUCAAUUGGAAAAGGGGGAAGUUGAGUGGCUUGGAUUAAAUGCUUAUAUCUCUGUCCUUAAGAGAAAACAGUCGCGGCAUAAAAAAUUGCUUUCUUUAUUGAGGUAUAAGUUAUCGGUUUAUAACAAAGCAGGGAGUUUGUCAUCUCCUCUGAAGUAUGCUGUUGAUGAUUCACAUUCAUCCUUAAUUUGGAGAAUCAAGUAUUAGAGCUAAAGAGGUGUGUGAACAUUGCGAAGUAUGCUGAAUGAUUUUAUUUAUUUUUGUUGCCUCAUCAAUAUUUGUUAUUCAACCUCCCACAGAUUUUUAAUUCAAGUUUCAUUGUGCAGUAGAAAGCUUUUAUUUGUU